UCUGAAACAACUACACCAAAAUAUACACUCGGGAUAAAGUCGGACCAGGGAGCGGAUCAAACGGGUCCCGGCGGUCGGGGCUCCGCGGUGGGCUGCGGCUAUUACCUGAUGCGCAUGCGGGGCUUCAUUACAGCGCGGCACCGCAAUGAGUUAAUGGAGACGGUCAAAAUAGCUGGUCCGGUGUUUUUGUCGGAGUUGAUGAUCUACUUGAUCAGUGUCGUCAGCACUAUGUUCUGUGGUCAUUUGGGGAAAAUGGAACUUGCAGGAGUAGCAUUAGCAAUUUCGGUAAUUAAUGUCACGGGAAUUUCAGUCGGCACUGGUUUGGCACAAGCUUAUGAUACUCUUAUCGCUCAGACAUUUGGGAGCGGAAACUUGAAGCGUGUUGGUGUGAUUCUGCAGAGAGGGAUCCUGAUUCUGCUGCUGGCUUGUUGCCCCUGCUGGGCUGUUCUCAUCAACACCGAGUCCAUUCUUCUCGCUUUGAAACAAACUCCAGAAGUGGCCCAUCUGUCCCAGAUUUAUGUGAAGAUCUUCAUGCCUGCUCUGCCUGCAUUUUUUAUGUACCAGCUGCAAGCGAGGUAUCUUCAAAAUCAGGGGAUCAUUUGGCCUCAGGUUAUAACUGCAGUUGCUGUGAAUGUUGUUAACGCAGUCAUCAACUACGUCCUUCUCUAUUACCUUAACAUUGGGUUUGUGGGAUCUGCAGCAGCCAGUGCGAUCUCGCAGUAUUGUCUGGCAGCUGUCUUAUGCAUGUACAUCUGCUGGAGGAGACUACACAAAACCACAUGGGGAGGCUGGUCACUGGACUGUCUGCAGGAGUGGGGGCUCUUCAUUAAAAUGGCCAUCCCCAGUAUGCUUAUGUCUUGUCUGGGGUGGUGGAUGUUUGAGGUGGGAGGAUUCCUGGCCAGUUUGAUUAGUGAGAGUGAGCUGGGAGCACAGUCAAUAUCGUUCCAGCUGUCUGUCAUAGCCUACAUGAGUCCUGUUGGAUUCUCUGCUGCUGCCAGUGUACGUGUUGGGAGUGCACUUGGUGCAGGAAACAUAGAGCAGGCCAAACUGUCUUCCAAAGUCCCCAUCAUCUGUGCAUCCAUGAUUGCAUCUGUGGUUGGCACUAUUCUGAUCAUCGCUAAAAAUGUCAUUGGAUACAUUUUCACCACAGAGAAAGACAUUAUACAGAAGGUUGCUGAGGUCAUGUUUCUGUUUGGAUUUAUACACGUUGCCGAUGCUGCUGUGGGGGUGGCUGCAGGUGUUCUCAGAGGAGCAGGAAAACAGGUGAUUGGUGCUUUGUGUAACCUGGUAGGAUACUAUGCCAUUGCCCUCCCCGUUGGUGUGUCGCUGCUGUUUACAACUGAUAUGGGCAUUUUUGGUCUAUGGAUUGGAUUUGCCGUCUCUGUGGCUCUGCAGGCGAUAUUUUUAGUCUUAUUUUUGUUCAAACUUAAUUGGGAGAAAGCUGCUGAAGAGGCUCUUGUGACAGCAGGAAUCCAAAUCACAGAAGGGAACGAGGUCAACCAGAUGGACAGUUCAGAUAAGUUCACACUGCCACCCACUUGUGCGAAUGAUGAGGAGGUCGCCACAUACCAUGAGGCACAAGAUCCAGUCCCAAAUAAAUCCACAACCGUCAUAGUGGGAGAGGUUCUGUCCAAGAGACAGCUAAUCAUACGUCGUUCCUUGACAUUCCUGCUGAUGGUCUUCAUCCUCAUCGCUGGAAUCCUCAUUAAUGACUUCCUCAUAAAAGAGUUCAAAUAA